UCUGCGUCCCAGAAUCCAAGAUGGCGGGGCCCUGGCGGAAGGGUCCCCAGGCUGGAGCUCGGUCGUUCUUCUGCGCCUUGCUGCUGUCUUUCACCCAAUUCGUCGGGAGCGACGGCAUGGGAGGCGACGCUGCGGCCCCCGGCGCUGCGGGCACCCCAGCCGAGUUGCCACACCGCCGUUUCGAGUAUAAAUACAGCUUUAAGGGGCCGCAUCUGGUGCAGAGCGAUGGGACCGUGCCCUUCUGGGCCCACGCGGGGAAUGCUAUUCCAAGUUCAGAUCAAAUUCGAAUAGCACCGUCAUUAAAAAGCCAAAGAGGUUCAGUGUGGACAAAAACAAAGGCGGCCUUCGAGAACUGGGAGGUGGAAGUGACAUUUCGAGUGACUGGAAGAGGUCGAAUUGGAGCUGAUGGCUUAGCAAUUUGGUAUACAGAAAACCAAGGCUUGGAUGGCCCUGUGUUUGGAUCAGCUGAUAAGUGGAAUGGUGUUGGAGUAUUUUUUGAUUCUUUUGACAAUGAUGGCAAGAAAAAUAAUCCUGCUAUAGUAGUUAUAGGCAACAAUGGACAAAUUAAUUACGACCAUCAAAACGAUGGUGCUGAUCAAGCUUUAGCGAGUUGUCAGAGGGACUUUCGGAACAAGCCCUAUCCUGUCCGGGCAAAGAUUACCUAUUACCAGAAAACAUUGACAGUCAUGAUCAAUAAUGGCUUUACACCAGAUAAAAAUGAUUAUGAAUUUUGUGCCAAAGUGGAAAAUAUGAUUAUCCCCACACAAGGGCACUUUGGGGUAUCUGCUGCAACAGGAGGUCUUGCAGAUGACCACGAUGUUCUUUCUUUCCUGACUUUCCAACUAAUGGAACCUGGAAAGGAGCCACCCACAGCAGAAAAAGACAUCUCAGAAAAAGAAAAGGAAAAGUAUCAGGAGGAGUUCGAGCACUUCCAGCAAGAAUUGGACAAAAAGAAGGAGGAAUUCCAGAAGGACCACCCUGACCUCCAGGGGCAGCCAACGGAUGACGUCUUUGAGAGCAUAGUUGAUCGCGAGCUGAGGCAGGUCUUUGAGGGACAGAAUCGUAUUCACCUGGAGAUCAAGCAGCUUAACCGGCAGCUGGAUAUGAUUCUCGAUGAGCAGAGGAGAUACGUGUCUUCCUUGACAGAGGAGAUGUCCCGCAGAGGAGCGGGGGCCCCAGGGCAGCCUGGCCAGGUCUCCCAGCAGGAGCUGGAUACUGUGGUGAAAGCCCAGCAUGAGAUCCUGAGACAAGUGAACGAGAUGAAGAACUCCAUGAGCGAAACCGUCCGGCUGGUCAGUGGCAUCCAGCACCCGGGCUCGGCAGGCGUCUAUGAGACAACGCAGCACUUCAUGGACAUCAAGGAGCACCUGCAUGUGGUGAAGAGAGACAUCGACAGCCUCGCGCAGCGCAGCAUGCCAUCUAAUGAAAAACCAAAAUGCCCAGAACUGCCGCCAUUUCCAUCGUGUUUGUCCACGGUCCACUUUGUGAUAUUUGUAGUGGUGCAGACAGUGCUGUUCAUUGGCUAUAUCAUGUACAGGACUCAGCAAGAAGCAGCUGCCAAAAAAUUCUUUUGACCUUCAUUUUCCUAUAUGUACAUCAUGUAUGUAUGUGCAAAUGUUUGUCUUUCUGAGGGGAUUUAGUAUUUAAAUUGCUUCAUAGUCUAAGUUAUUAAAUUUUGUAUAAAAUAACUCUUAAAAACUAAUUUUUUUUUUUUUGGUAAAAAUAAAUGUUAAAGACAACCAUAUUUUGUUCAUAGUAGUACAUGUCUUUAAAUGUCAGUGAGUCUCUGGCAGACUGAGUGCAGCCACUGAACAGAAUAAUGGCAAGCCAAGGCCUAAAGAAAACAAGAGCAGCCACUGGCUGUGGGUGUUACUCUCUAUGUCUCCGUGUUGGAGGUUUCUUUGUUUAUAUAAACAACUUGCCCUUUGCCCCCAGAAUGAGGUCUAAGCAAGAGCACCCUAUUCGUGUGUGCUUUGUUACCAGUUGGUUUUAGAAGUGAGCAUUUGCUUCUGUAAGAGUGAGUUCUACAGCCCUUUGGCCCCAGCAUAGCUCCCUCUGGAAUCAGUGUUUGGUCUGCGAAUUUUAAACUAGACCCAGGCAUCCGAGCAUUUGAUGAAAUGUUUCCCCUGUUUUCAAUGUGGAGUCCACUGUUAAAGGAAAUUAUGGUGGAAAACUAAUAACUAGUUUUUACCUAGGUCCUUUAGCUGAGAACAUUCCUAUGACAGUUUUUAUUGAGUAUUUUGCAUGGUAGCGUAUUCACUUAUGAUGCCCACUGUCUUGAGUAUCUUUAUUCCAAUAAUGUUAAUUUGAUAUUACAGAAAUAAUUUUUAUACUUUUAGUUUGUGAAAUUUUUUCUUCCAUUGUGUCGAACAUGUACUUUAGCUCUGAUUACAAGUUCUGCAGCAUUUUAAAUUCACAAGACUUAACAAUAUGUUCUGGUUUACAUUACUCUAUGUAACUGGAGGUUUAUGACUUUCAAACUCUUAAAUGUAGGAGGCUGUGACAGAAGCAGCUUUGAGCUAUUUGAAAGCAAAUUUGUAAAGUAAAUACUUUCACUGUUUCCCCUUUCAAUGUUAGAAAUAAAGAUGUUGUGGGGCUAGUGAAUUCACCAGGAAACGCUGGGCUGGAAGGAGCACUGUCAGCCCAUGGUUAGCUGUAGGGUCUGAGAAACCACCUGUGGCAUUUUAAGUGCAGAUUUUACUUUUCUCUUCACAGCUGGCUUCAAGACAGUUUACCUCUUAUUAAAGCAGUUGUCUCGUUUGCUAUGGGAUCCAGAACAACACAGUUUAAUAAGAUAUGCUACUAAAUUGUUCUAAGCCAUCGUAAGUUUUCUCUCAAAUGUCAUUUACAGAAUGAGCUAACCACCUAAAAUCAUUAUAUAUAAUGACUUUAUGAAGAGCACUCUACAUUGUGACUACCUAACUUGUACCAUGCCUGUGGUCCCACCAUGCAUUUUAUGCUGUCAUUUAUCCUGGGAAAGCCACAGUGACUCCCCAAAAUUCAGUGCAGCAUAAAGUGCUUCCUCCUUUCCACUCUGUAGACUUAGCAUUUUGAAACUUAGGUUCCAAUAGUGUCACCUUCCAGAAUUUACUAACAUUUGAAAAACCUUUCAGAAGAAUGUCAAGUUGUAGACUGUGGAUCUUGGGAAAUCUUGAGAUAAAAGGCUGCCAAGUAGUAGAGUCCACAGUCACAUAUCCUGGACAUUAAAAGAAUCCCAGAUUUGGGCAGUGUACGGUUCCAGGCUCAGAUCCAAGGGAAAGUAAAC